AUAUGUGUUGUGUAUUUGGUUUUUUGGGUGAUGAAAGUUUGUUUGUUGUUAAUGUUAGUUAUCAUUAAGGUGGAGUUGUCCCACUUAUAAACCAAACUCCUUUAACACUCAUCAGCAGCCACCAAUUCAAAUAUAUAUACAUACAUGUAUACAUCGAAUCCCAAUACAAAAUCCUUUUAACUAGCUGUCUAUUAGUUUCUGUUUAUGCCCUGCUACUCUGUUUUCUCAUCCAUUCAACAAAACCAAAGUUCAUACUCUUUUCAGCCUUGAAGCAAAUCAUACCCUUACAAACCAUGUUGAUUUGAUCUUCAGAUCAAUCAAACCACAGUUUAUCUCAUCUGUUUCAACUUCACUCAAAGUACUAUCAUGUUUUUAUUUUAUGCAAAGUUUUAAAAAGCAGUCCGCCACUGCAAUUUUGGCCUCAACAUCAAGGUGUUUGAGGUCUGUCUGACCACAACGUGACUGCAAUUGUGGUUGCAUUUAUCCACAAAAUUUUCCCUUUAUCAAGAAUAGUCAUGAAACCAUGAUUGUGACCGCAAUUUAAAAUCAUGAUUUAAUGGUUUCACUUUGUCAUGACCUCGUGCACCCCUUGAAGCUUAUUCAGGCUUCAAAUUCUUGAAAUUAUACCCCCCUCCCCACCUCUCCCUUUGAUGCUUUACAUGGAGUACUUGAAGGAAGUGGAAGGAAAAACUGUGCAUGAUUAUCUUGAGGUAAAGAUGGGUAAAAUGACAAAGCCAAUAGGUGUGGAAGGACCAGUGAUAGUGGGUGCUGGUCCAUCAGGGCUUGCUGCAGCAGCAUGUCUUAAACAGAAAGGCAUUCCAAGCCUAAUCCUUGAAAGGGAUGAUUGCUUGGCUUCAAUGUGGCAGCUCAAGACUUAUGACCGACUAUGCCUUCAUCUACCUAAGCAAUUCUGCCAACUCCCUCUAAUGCCUUUCCCCCAAAACUUUCCCUCUUAUCCAACCAAACAACAAUUCUUGGCCUAUCUCAAAGCCUAUGCUGACCAUUUUGACAUAAAACCAGCUUUAAGCAAGACUGUGAUCAGUGCCAACUUUGAUCAUAGAUGUGGGUACUGGAGGGUGAAGACUCAAGGUGUGAAAAAGGAGGAGACAGAAUAUGUUUGUCAGUGGCUGAUAGUAGCCACUGGAGAGAAUGCUGAAGAGGUUGUGCCUCAAAUUGAAGGAAUGAGUGAGUUUGAAGGGCCUAUCUUACACACUAGCUCAUAUAAGAGUGGUAGUAUGUAUUGUGGGAAGAAUGUUUUGGUGGUUGGAUGUGGUAAUUCAGGCAUGGAAGUUUGUUUAGAUCUCUGCAACCAUCAUGCUCGCCCAUCCCUUGUGGUUAGAGAUACAGUGCAUAUCUUGCCACAGCAGAUGUUUGGGAAAUCAACUUUUGGUUUAUCUCUGAGCUUGCUCAACUGGUUCCCCAUGCGUCUUGUGGACAAAUUUUUACUUCUUAUGUCACAUCUCAUUCUCGGGGACACAGCUCAAUUUGGACUUAAUCGUCCCAAAAUUGGCCCUCUAGAGCUCAAGAACUUGUGUGGCAAGACCCCAGUUUUAGAUUUUGGCACACUUGCUCACAUAAAAAGUGGAAAAAUUAAGGUUUGCCGCGGAAUUAAACAACUAGCACAACACAAGGCUGAGUUUGUAGAUGGAAAAAUAGAGGAUUUCGAUGUGAUCAUUCUAGCAACUGGAUACAAAAGUAACGUACCCACAUGGUUGAAGGGCAGUGACAUGUUUUGUGAGAAGGAUGGAUUGCCCAGGAAACCUUUCCCAAAUGGAUGGAGAGGUGAAAAUGGACUCUAUGCUGUGGGUUUCACUAAACGUGGCCUUCUUGGUGCAUCUUUUGAUGCAAAGAGGAUUGCAGGAGAUAUUGAACAUUGUUGGAAAGCUGCUAAUUAAUACCAUGCGUGUGUAGGAGUUGAUGCACUUUAUUAUAUGCAACGGAAUCUUUUGUGUAUGGAUGUACGAUCGAAAAAUCCCAAACCUAGAUUUAAUCAUUUUAAGUGAUAAUUAUAAUGACUUGCUUGAAUUAAGCGGUAAUUAUAUUUUGAUCUUGUUU